GAGUCUUGCUGCUGAAGUAAGAGCAGAGCCAUUAGGAAGCAGAAAAUGGGACCGGCUGCCAGCUCGCUCGCUCUCCUGUGUUUCUGCUCCAUGCGUGUGUGUGUUCCUACAGGGACGGCCGCCGCUACACCAACACAGGCCCCCGUUUCAGAGGUGAAGAGGGCGCGAGGAGACGUUCCUGAGAUUCUUCCAGAGCCUGAAGCAGAGCCAACCAGCCCAGUGUCUGACUUUGAAAGCUCAUACAACUAUGUCUUGUCCAGAUUGGCGGGUAUGGACCAGGCCAUCCACAAGCUGAAUGUCGGUCACUACACCCUGGACGUUAAAGUCAGCCAGUUAAUGGACCGUCUGACCAGGGUGGAUGCUGAAGUCGAGGAGCUGGAGGACACCAUCCGGGAGGUCUACCAGCACAGCAAAGACAACCGCAAGGAGAUGGGAAGACUGAGAGGUUGCCAGAAGGGCCACCGGAUGGGACACAAGUGCUAUCUCGUGUUCCCCAACCACGAGGACUACGCCGGAGCGUCCAGGAAGUGCGUGGAGCGCGGCGGGCGCAUGGCCAUGCCCCGCGACCGCAGGGAGCAGGAGGCCCUCGCCGACUACGUCAAGACCUUCUUCCACCCCGGGAACUGGCCCGUCUGGCUGGGGGUCAACGACCUGCAAACCGAGGGCACGUACCUCUUCGACGACGGGACGCGGGUCUCCUACUUCCAGUGGCGCAGACACUUCCUGUCCGGCCAGCCGGACGGAGGGCGGCGGGAGAACUGCGUGGCCAUGUCGUCAGACGACGGCGACUGGUGGGACCACUACUGCGAUCGGACCAUGAGCUUCCUGUGCGAGUUUGAUGACAGGGAGGCGCUUUAAGAACUCUUUUUUUUUCCUCUAAGAUUUGCUCCUUACUGUCAUUAAUCAUUAGAAAUGAAAGCUUACUUUGUUAUAAAUGGACUGUAUUGCCCUUUAAAAGACACUUAAAACAACAUUGGUUGGUUUUCUUCUAGGGUGGGGUAGUCCAGAAUUCUCCGGAGGAAACUAUGGUGUUUCAAUAUCAAUAUUGACUCAAAUUGAAAACGCUAUUAGUGCAAAAGAGUUUGAGUACGAUGUCCAUGUGUAUAUAGGGUACACUUGCCAUGAAAAUAAUCCAUGGUAGUUAUGUUUUUUUUAAGAUGAAACAGAAUGAAUCCUAUUAUUUUGUAUGCACACAAAUCUGUGUUUUGAUAUUUAAGUUCUAAAAGUAACUUCAUCAGAUGAAGUUUGUAUAAUUAACGUAAUAUUAUUCAUGCAGCUGCAGAUUUUUGAAUAUAAACCAGUCAGGGCUUCGCUGUGAUUAUACAACGGGGAAUUCAUAAUAUUUGUUCAAAGUUUACAAAAAAGGAAAAAACGUGGAAAAGCUGGAAGGACUUUCUUAAGAAUCAGCACAUGGUGAACCUCCUGAAGAUACCAAUCAAUGUGAGCUUGGGCUGAACAGGAAUAAGUCGGUGCUUUGCUGUUAUUUCUGAGCUUUGAAGCUAUUUGAACAAAGUCUGGUCAAACUGCUGAUUCGACAUCUCUGACCAGAACACUUUUAAAUCUCACUUCCCCUUUCACAUCCAGAAGUUACAUAAGGUAACUGUAAAUGUAUUUGGAGUCCGAUUGUAACAAACAGUUGUAUAUAAAAC